AUGGGACAAGCAAACUGGACAGUGGUGACUACAUUCGUCCUCCUGGGCUUGUCCCCUGCCCAUGAAGUCCAGCUCAUCCUCUUCUUCCUCUUCCUGCUCUUCUACACCGUCAUCCUCCCGGGCAACGUCCUCAUCAUCCUCACUGUCUGGGGUGACCCCCGCCUGGGCUCCCCCAUGUACUUCCUGUUGGCCAACCUGGCCUUCCUGGACAUAUGCUACUGUUCUGUCACCCCCCCAAAGAUGCUGGCUGACUUCUUCUCUCGCCGCAAGACCAUCUCCUACAUGGGCUGCAUGGCCCAGAUCUUCUUCCUCCACCUCCUGGGGGCGGCCGAAGCCUUCCUCCUUCUCACCAUGGCUUAUGACCGCUACGUGGCUGUCUGCCAGCCCCUGCGCUACACUAGCAUGGUAAGCAGGGGGGUCUGCUGGGCCCUGGUGGGGGCAUCUUGGGCAGGGGGCUUUAUUCACGCCAUCAUCCUGGUAGGGUUGAUUGCCCAGCUCCCAUUCUGUGGCCCCAACGUUCUGGACAACUUCUUCUGCGAUGUGCCCCAGGUGAUCAAGCUGGCCUGCACCGACACUGCCCUGGUGGAGAUCCUGACCUUCUCCAACAAUGGGCUGGUCAUACUGCUGUGCUUCCUUCUCCUCCUGGUCUCCUAUUCCCUCCUCCUGCUCAAGCUCCGGGCAUGCUCUCCCCGGGGCCAGAGCAAAGUGGCCUCCACCUGCAUCACCCACAUCAUCGUCGUCUUUGUCAUGUUUGUGCCGGCCAUCUACAUCUACUGCCUUCCCUUCCGCGCUGUCCCCAUGGAGAAGGUGGUAGCCGUGCUGCACACCGUGGUCUUCCCCCUCACCAACCCCAUGAUCUACACCCUCAGGAACAAGGAGGUGAAGUCGGCCAUGAGGAGGAUGGUUGGCAGAUAUGGGUCUUGGGGAAGGGAACUGAGCAAGUAA